AUGGAAGCUGCCUGGAUUUCAAGUGUGGUGACAAUCUCUACCUACAAUGCACGUACACUUACAUCCGAGUCCUCGAUAGAAGACUUGCUCAUGCAAGCAAGAAGGAUAAGGUACGACGUUAUCGGCCUGGCCGAGACGAGACACCGCCACCUAUUCAACGCCGUCUAUGACACCGGAGAAGAACUGUUCCUCGGAAUAUGCGACAGUAGACGAGUCGGCCGCGUUGGAGUUCUCGUCAACGCGAGUUUGUCCAUGAACAUCGAUUCAUUCGAACAGCUUACAACUGAAACGGAUGUUUACGAUUAA